CCCUUGCAGCCCCGUUGCCGCCAGGGGCGCGCGCGCGGUGACGUCAGGGCGUGCGCGCCCCCGGCUGGAGGCCUGCGCGGUUAGCGAGCGGCGCGCGCAGCCUCGGCAGCGCCUGUGAGGAGCCGCCGCCGCCGCCGUCCGGGGGAAGCCGCGCCGGGCAGCGCCGGGCCGGGCAGGGCAGCGCCGAGCCGAGGGGUUAUGCGGCCGGGUGCCGCCGCCUCCCCGUGAGGAGCAGCGGGCCCGUGGCGGCGCGGGGAGCGCGCGAGGCGCUGGGGCCGCCCCGCGACAGGAAGCCAUUUUGUGGGCCCCCUCUUCUUCCUCCUCCUCCUCCUCCUCCUCCUUCGCCGCCGCCCUCGCGAGCGGCGUGGCCGGUGCUGCCGGCCGGGGUGGGCGGGCGGACCCGCGGCGGGGGCGCCCGGUGAGCGAGGGCGGCGGCAGCGGGGGGGGCGAGCAGGGGGCCGGAGCGGGCGGCGGUGGCCGCCGCGCCUCCCCAUGGCGAAGAAAACCUACGACCUGCUCUUCAAGCUGCUGCUCAUCGGGGACUCGGGGGUCGGCAAGACCUGCGUGCUCUUCCGCUUCUCCGACGAUGCCUUCAACACCACCUUCAUCUCCACCAUCGGGAUAGACUUCAAGAUUAAAACUGUUGAAUUACAAGGAAAGAAGAUCAAGCUACAGAUAUGGGACACAGCAGGACAGGAGCGAUUUCACACCAUCACCACCUCCUAUUACAGAGGUGCCAUGGGGAUCAUGCUAGUAUAUGACAUCACCAAUGCCAAGAGCUUUGAAAACAUCAGCAAGUGGCUCAGAAACAUAGAUGAGCAUGCCAAUGAAGAUGUGGAGAGGAUGCUGUUAGGAAACAAGUGUGACAUGGAAGAUAAAAGAGUUGUCCCUAAAGCAAAAGGCGAACAGAUUGCUAGGGAGCAUGGUAUUAGGUUUUUCGAAACUAGUGCAAAAGCAAAUAUAAACAUUGAGAAGGCAUUCCUCACAUUAGCAGAAGACAUUCUUCGAAAGACCCCUGUAAAAGAGCCCAACAGUGAAAAUGUAGAUAUCAGCAGUGGAGGUGGGGUGACAGGCUGGAAGAGCAAGUGUUGCUGAACCUUCUCCUAUAUCACCAAUCGCCAUCCACCGCCCCUUUUUUCUCGCUGCAAAACAAACCACUCUGCCCGUUUUUAACCUUAAACCAAUGUUUUGUUCCUCAUCUUAACAAGCUCCUGUCUCCCUUUGGUUUUCCGUUUAGGACAGCUUGCGUACUAUAAUUUUCUCAACAACAUGUAUAGGAAAAUGAUCUCGGUGACUUCAUUUUUUUCGUGUACCUGCUCAACUUACCACUACGUUUUGGUUGUAUUAUAGUCCCGUUCCUCCUGACAUUAAAACAUAUAGCAAUCAUAUUCAACUCUAUUCUGCAAAUUGUAUAAGAAUAAAAGUUAGAAUUAACAAUUUAUUUUGUACAACAGUGGAAUUUUCUGUCAUGGAUAAUGUGCUUGAGUCACCAUAUUCUCUAGAUACAUCAGCAAAAGAGCCAGGAAAACUCAUUUUCGCCUUGAGUCUGUGAAUGGGGUUUAUUUUGUCCUGUGCCUUAUGUGGAAAGGAACUUUUGUUUUCAUUUUUUUCUUUUCUUUUCUUCUGGUGGAAGCAUGUGCAGGAGACAUACCAUCCAUACUUGACCAUUUUAAAAUACUGAACUCUUCUGUGAUUGCUUUCUGUAAUUGUUGGUGUAAUGCAUCGAGGACAAAGGGUGGUGCAAAAAAAAAAAAAAAAAAAAAAAACAACAAACAAAAAAACAAA